AACAUACUACAUCAGAAAUACUUACAGGAUUUCCUGACUUCUAAAGAAAAGUACAUUUUUAAUGAUUGGAGACCAGGUGGGUGGGCAACUUGUCUAUUUGUCUUACAAAAACAAAACAUGCUGCAGCUUUGACAGUGAUGCAAGGAGCAAACGUGGAUUGCCUUGCUCUGCAUUAUUUCCACAGUUCCACUGUGAAGUAGGCAAUUUCACAGAAUUUAAAAAGAAAAUGGAAGUAGCACUGGAUCAAAAAUUAGAUGUUACUGUGCAGAGAAAAAUAAGAAAUAAUGUGAUUCAGCACAAUCCUUAGGGAGUGCCCUUGGCUUGGCCUUGAGGGUCUUUGUAUUAUUGCAAUUUCCAGAUACAUUUUUUUUAAUCUUAAAAUUUGAACUAAUCACAAGGAAGUUAAUAGCACUGAUCAGGCUAGUUUGUGAACUCAGGUUAUGGCCUGUAAAAACUACACCACAAAUGAAUAAAGGAAACUAUGCAAAGAAUCAGUUCAACAGCUUGCUUACUCUUUCACUUGGACCAGCAGAUUUCUGUGGGUUUUAGUUACACUAGAGGCAAAACUUAUUUUGAAAAUACUUUUUGCUGUAUACUUAGGCAAACUCUGAUUGAUCAACAAUGCAGUGUAUUUUUUGGCAGACCACAGCCUGCACCAGCAGCAAGCUAAAGCCAUGUGGACCCUCAGCAAAGUCUCUUCCUGGAACUAUCCAACACCAACAACAAAAAAUAAAAGCCAUCUUGACGUUGAUCGAUUCUCUGGAGGAGCAAUUACUACUUAACGGGCUUCCUGAGCAGCUUGAUUAUGUUCUGCUUCUGUCUAAGGCCUUGCUGACCAUAGCGGGGAGUAGCAGGGCAGCAGCCAGCCCCAGAGACCCUACCUGCUGCAGCGCCGGGGAGAACCAUGCCGGACUCCUUCGCCGUCCACUUUCUCAAGGUGCUGAAGGAGCUGCUGGCCUUCGUGCUGUUCAGUUACACCGUGCUGGUCGGGGCGCUGCUGCUCGCCGGCUGGACCACGUACUUCUUGGUGCUUAAAUGAGAGCUCCCCUUCUGCCGCUGCUGCCACAGGCAACUGGCUCCACCAUGCAGCUCGUCCUGCGCGUCUGCUGGGCACACAGAAUGGCGGUCCCUUCCUCCUGCGCCAACUCUGCAAGCGUUUUGUUUCGUUACUGUCUAAUCACAAUCUUAUUUUCUUAUGUACGAAUAAAGAUUUAAAAAAAAAAAAUCUGCAUACCUGCAUACAUGCACUUUACUAGUCUUUCUGCCUCUUGCAGAUUCUUUGUGUCUCCUAGACACUUGCCCCUGUUCCCAGAAAUAUUUAAAACCCUCUCAGCAGUUUUCUCCUGAGAUUCUCACCCCACACCCCACUUUGAGAGCAUGGCAGUCUGCCGAGCACAGCGGAAGGAUGCAACACAAUUCAAACAUGACCAACAUCUCAAAUAAACAAGUCCUGCCUUGUUCAGCUCUGCCUUAUUAAAGGUGUGAAGGCAGAGAUACAGAAAUUACUUGUCAUUUUUUCAGAAGUCCUGAAAAGAGACAUUUCAAACCAGCACGUUUCCCUUUUCCUACAGUUUUAUGAGGGAACACCAACACCACAUUACCUACAGGGCUAUUACCUGGCACUCUCAAGUGUGCAACACUUUUCAACAAAUGCUCAAAACACGGAGUUAGCCAAAAUAUGUGCCUGUGAUACAGCACUGCCUCAGUAAAAGUAAACAGCGCUGAGUAAACUGAUUCUCACAGAGAACAGACAGGAAUUUCUGCUAUAGAUAAAAAGACUUAAUUAACGAGGGCCUUUCAUGUGAAACUAUACAGGAAACCUUUGCUGGAGAAGCUGGGGAUUAUCACUAGUGCGGGACUAGCCAAACCCAGAGCAGCAUCAUAUCCUCUUGAAAAACAAAGAAUUAAACCGGGGUGGGGCGCAGGACCUGUGGGAAGCAUGUCAGCACACCCUCAGCCCACUGCCCUGCUGAUGCCCUGAGACAGAGCUGAGGGCCACGCUCUGCUGAGCCGGGCUGGCCUGCCGGGUGCCUCCCAGCAGGGCACACUGAGGAGCGGGCCAAGCACGGCCCGAGCUGAGAGCUCCCAACACCACUCCCGCCUCCAAGACCCAUCAAGGCGUGUCCCCAGGCACCGCCGA